AUGCUCUUGAUCAAAAGCAGCAUAUCUUACUUCGUGCCACUGUGCGUCAAGCUCACCGAACUUGGACUUUCCACACCCUUGCUUCAUAUAUCACAGGGUACUGCUAUACCAGCCGCCACCAUGCCAGCGAUGCAGUACUUCGAGAAGGCGCAAACAACGUUCAAGCCGCCGCUAAUCGCCAACGAAAACGCCUACCUCGGUGACGUCGUAUCAUCAGAGUCUACAGAUCCAGAGAAACCCAUCAGCGGUGGUUUCUACCGUCUGGAGAAGGGAACGCCGCUCGUGUACACGUAUACGUAUGAUGAGAUAAAAAUCAUCGUUGAUGGGCACUUCUACAUCAGUGACGAAACGGGCAAAGAAGUCAAAGCCGAGAAGGGUGAUGUGUUCUUCUUCCCAAAAGGGAGCAAAAUCACGUUCAAGACGGAUGAUUUUGGACUAGGGUUUUUUGUGGGGCAGAGGAAGAAAGAUGGUGCGUAG